GCCAUGAUCGUCCCGCGGAUACCCCAGCUCUGGUUCCAGACGGCGGCCCUGGCACUCCUGUGCCUUCCCCAGGCGUUGCCCGCCGGCGUCUUCGAGCUGCAGAUUCACUCUUUCGGACCCGGGACAGGUCCCGGGACGGCCCCGUCCGCCUGCAGCGCCCGGGGUCCGUGUCGCCUCUUCUUUCGCGUCUGCCUGAAGCCGGGGCUCUCCGAGGCGGCCUCCGAGUCUCCGUGCGCCCUGGGCGCGGCGCUGAGUGUGCGGGGCCCCGUCUACGCCGCCGAGCAGCCCAGAGCACCCCGAAUUGACCUGCCACUGUCUGAUGGCCUCUUGAAGGUGCCCUUCCGGGACACCUGGCCGGGCACCUUCUCUCUCGUUAUUGAAACUUGGAGAGAAGAACUGGGGGAGCAGACAGGAGGGCCGGCCUGGAGCCUGCUGGCGCGCGUGGCCGGCUGGCGCCACCUGGCGGCUGGGGGUCCCUGGGCCCGGGACGUGCAGCGCGCAGGCGCCUGGGAGCUGCGCUUCUCCUACCGCGCGCGCUGCGAGCCGCCCGCCGUCGGGGCCGCGUGCACGCGCCUCUGCCGCCCGCGCAGCGCCCCCUCGCGGUGCGGCCCGGGACUGCGCCCCUGCGCCCCGUCGGAGGAGGAGUGCGAGGCGCCUCCCGUCUGCCGUCCUGGCUGCAGCCCCCAGCAUGGAUUCUGCGAGCAGCCGGACGAGUGUCGGUGCCUGGAUGGCUGGACGGGGCCCCUCUGUGUCGUCCCCGUCUCCGCCAGCAGCUGCCCCAGGGGCCCAUCCCUUGGCAGCCCCGGAUGUCUCAGUCCUGGCCCUGGGCCAUGUGACGGGAACCCCUGUGCCAAUGGGGGCAGCUGUAGUGAGACCGCGACGUCCUUUGAAUGCACCUGUCCCCGAGGCUUCUACGGGGUACGCUGUGAGGUGAGCGGGGUGACCUGCGCUGACGGGCCCUGCUUCAAUGGUGGCUUGUGCGUGGGGGGCGCAGAUCCCGAUUCUGCCUACAUCUGCCACUGCCCACCUGGCUUCCAAGGCUCCAACUGCGAGAAGAGAGUGGACCGCUGUAGCCUGCAGCCCUGCCAGAAUGGGGGGCUCUGCCUGGACCUGGGCCACUCCUUGCGCUGCCGCUGCCGCGCGGGCUUCGCGGGGCCUCGCUGCGAGCACGACCUGGACGACUGCGCCGGCCGCGCAUGCGCCAACGGCGGCACGUGCCUGGAGGGCGGCGGCGCGCGGCGCUGCUCAUGCGCGUUGGGCUUCGGCGGCCGCGACUGUCGGGAACGCGCCGACCCCUGCGCCGCGCGGCCCUGCGCCCAUGGCGGCCGCUGUUAUGCGCACUUCUCCGGCCUGGUCUGCGCAUGCGCGCCCGGCUACAUGGGCGUGCGCUGCGAGUUUCCUGUCCACCCCGACGGCGCGGACGACGUCGAAGGCGCAGGCGCACUACCGGCAGCUCCUCUGGGCGACGACGCUCAGCGCUUCCUGGUGGUGCCGGCUGUGGGCUUGCUGGUGGCCGCGGGCUUGGCCGGCGCCGGGUUCUUCUUGCUGGUGCAUCUGCGACGCCGCGGCCCUGGCGGGGACCCCGGAUCUCGCUUGUUGCCGGGGACCCCUGAACCGUCGGGGCACACGCUCCCCGAUGCGCUCAACAACAGGAGGACGCAGGACGGUUCCGGGGAAGGCCCAAGGCCAUCAGCAGAUUGGAGUCGCCCUGUGGAUGGAGAUCCUCGCACCGUUUAUGUUGUACCUGCCCCUUCGGCCUACGCUCGGGAGUGGAACCCGAGCCCCGAGUGGAACCCCAUGUAA